AUGGCGAACUUUGGCGAGUUUCCGCCGAAUAUGGUGGCGCAGGACGCAUUGGUGGUACGGUCACAGGCGGAGCCAGAACACGCCGUGGUCAAGUACUCGGCCGAAGACAUGUCGCAGCCGAUGAUCGGGCCAGCGAACCCGUUUCGCGCCAACGGAGACGGGCAGGGCGGAGCGAAGCGGAAAAACGUGCUGACGGGCACAGCGACAGAGGCGUUUCUGAGCGAAUACACGUUCCGCAGCAAGCACCGGGCGGUGGAGCGACGCGGCGGGCCAGAGCGAGAGGCCCCGACCGGACGACAGGUCAAGGAAGAGAAUGCGCAGGUGCGAUCAUCACGCGAGAGCAAAGGGAGCGCGACGAUAGCGGACGGCGAUGGGGCGUACGUGGGCCCAUGGGCCAAGUUCAAGCGGAAGGCGGUGUACGAGGAGUACGACGAGGCGGCGGAGGGCAUGGGCAGCGGCUCGGAGUACGAGAUUGUGGAGGAAUACGAAGACGACGGGACAGACGUGGUGGAGAGCGGAGCGGUAGUGUCGGCACCGCCCGAGGCGCUGGCACGACGACGAGAACAGGAGCUGGUGGGCGACGAGACGAGCGAGUUUGUGGGCUCACAGCAGUACGACUACCAGGGCCGGACGUUUAUGCACGUGCCACAGGAUCUGGACGUGGACCUGCGCAAGGAAGUGGGCAGCGUGACGAACUACAUUCCGCGCAAGCUGGUGCACGUGUGGAAGAGUCCGACGGGCAAGCCGGUGACGGCGCUGCGGCUGUUUCCGGAGUCGGGCCACGUGCUGCUGAGCGGCAGCGCCGACAACACGGUGCGGGUGUGGGACGUGUACCACGAGCGGGAGCUGCUGCGGACGUAUGCAGGUCACAGCCGAGCGCUGACGGACCUGUCCUUCAGCCGGGACGGGCGGCAGUUCAUCUCGGGCUCGCACGACCGGUUCGUCAAGCUGUGGGACACGGAGACGGGGCAGUGCAUCCGACGAUUCCGCACGGGCAAGACGCCACACUGUCUGGCGUUCAACCCCUCGGUCGAGGGCGCACACGAGUUCCUGACGGGCAUGAGCAACAACAAGAUCCUGCAGUGGGACUCCCGGGCUGGCGACAACGAGCCGGUGCAGGAUUACGAUCACCAUCUGGCGGCCAUCAACACCAUCACCUUUGUCGACGAGGCGCGGCGGUUCAUGACCACGUCGGACGACAAGUCGCUGCGCGUGUGGGACUACAACAUCCCGGUGCCUAUCUCGUACACGAGCGAGCCGUGGAUGUACCCGAUGACGCGGGCGGCCCUGCACCCGUCGCACAAGUACGUGGCCUACCAGUCCAGCGACAACCAGGUGCUCGUCUACUCGGCUCGCGACAAGUACCGACAGAACCGCAAGAAGGAGUUCAAGGGCCACAACAACGCCGGCACCGCCAUCGGCAUCGACAUCAGCGCCGACGGCCAGUUCCUCGCCUCCGGCGACACCCAGGGCUACGUCUGCUUCUUCGACUGGAAGACCUGCAAGAUGUACGAGAAGCUGCGCGCCGACACUGCCGGCGGCUCCAUCCACCACGUCCUGUGGCAUCCCCAGGAGACGAGCAAGGUCGUCACGGCCGGCGCACAGGGCGACAUCCGGCUCUGGGAUUAG